UCUGCGCACACUCCAGCACCAUCGGAAUCAUUCAGCCACUUAACACGCACAGCACAGUUGCCGCCAUGAAGCUUCGCAUGCAUCCACAUGUGUGCCCUGGAUGGCCACAUUCCCUUUCUUUGUAGGCGGCCUUGGAACGUCUGCUCUGUCUACGGUGACUCUCAUCCAAAAGGAAAAAGCGCCAUGAAAGGUUCGGAAAAUGCCUUGCCCUGAGCGCACCUCCUUUCUUUUCCCGCGUCUUUUCCGGCAUCUCCUACUGGCUUUCAACGCAGGGCUUCCUUUGUGCGGGUUCCAGCACAUGCGCUGAUAUCAUUCCUUUUUACAAAAGGCGGGAAUAACCCCGCUAUCCAAUGUCCUGGCUCCCCAGUCCAGCGCCUUGGCCCUUUACCGCGCCAGGCAUCAUUUCCCGCGACUCCCACCCACAGAGUGGGUUCUUUCAACAAGCGCGGAAUCAAUGCGCUGCGUGGCCCGCCUCUCGCCGGUUUCCAUGGAAACUGAAAGGCGCGGUGAUGCGCGGCCGCCGGCUAUCAUCUAUCUCCCUGGAGGUCCUGUUCUUCCUCAAUGGCUGGUACAGUGCCACCUACUUCCUGACGGAGCUUUUCACGUUCCUGUACAAGGGUCUCCUGCUACCGUAUCCAAAAACCAAUCUAGUUCUGGACCUGGUGAUGUUCUUCCUUUACCUUGGAACUGAAAUCGUCCGCAUCCAUUUCGGCAGGAAAGGGAACCUCUGCGAAAGGAUGACACCCCUGGGGAUUAGCUUGGCCUUGACCUUCCCUUCGGCUCUGAUGGCUUUCUAUUACUUCCUGUUUCAGACGUAUGUUCUUCGCAUCGAGGCUGUGAUGACCAUGCUCCUGCUCCCCUUCUACAUCAUACAGGUGAUCCUCGAGGUGCUCACACUCGCCACCUUGUCCAACAAGGACUCUUUAUGAAAUGCAGAGUCAGGGGCUGGCCCUGGGCCUUAGUCCUGGCAGCAUCUUCCAAGCCAGCCUGGAGAAUGAGUUCUCCAUCUCCUUCAGGACAGUCAAGGGCACAGCUCCCCUCUCCUGGGUUUGGAUAAUGUAGCCCUGCCCGGCUCCCGGUCUGAGUCAGACCUCAUGCCUGUAUUGUGUGUAUAUGUGUGUGUGUGCAUGUAGGCACAUGCAAGUGUCCCCUAUGCUUCCCAGAGGCAACAUGGAACCCUGGAGGUUGUUUCUUCAGCUAACACCAAUCAAGACUUCAUCCCAUUCAUUCCUCAGAGGGAGUGAGCCUAAGAAGAGACCAGGUACCCACCUUAGCUAGCUUGAAGUGUUAUUUGUCUGUACUGUCUUGGAAGAAACGCUAUUUUACAAUAAAUAUUUAUUUUCUGUUGGGGGAAA